GUCGAACUCACUGAGCGCGCGUUGCUACGUCGGCACCAGCAGAGCCGUCAGAACAUGGCACGAUACCGGAAGGAGAUGUUGGGUCGAGUCACGGGCCUCGAAGAUACCAUCCAAGAGCUGCGAGAAGAAACGUACAGGCUCGAGUUGCAGCGGCAGCUCCUGGACUUCGGAAUCUCUACGACGAGAACAUCCUGGAACGUUGUGUCGGAGUAUUUCCGCCUCUUCCGCUAUGCCCUCAAGGAGCCGGUGGUGCCACAAGGCUCCUGCAGUGGCAUGGAGGAGCUGCGCCCGCAGCACUUGCAAGUCCAUCGAGCGUUUCUGACGUCGACUAUGACUCCAAACCGCAUCACUUCCUCAGGACUCGGCGUUGAGGCUCAGCUGGGAGACUACCGGCGUAUUUCCCGCUACUUCCCAGACCUGGACGUCCAACUGGUUAACUUGGAGAACAAGUUCGGAGACACGAUUAUCGCGGCCACCAACGUCAAGGCCACGAUUACUGAGGGCACGCUUCGACUGGCGUUCCCACAUUUGGCUACGCUGGGUACCAAGCUACUGGGGAAGCAGAUUGAUACUCGUGGCUCCGUGCGCUUCAUCUGGGACGACGAAACUUGCCGCGUGGCAAGCCUACACUGCAAUAUCGACCUAUUAACGCCAGUAUUGGAGUUGGUAGGAUCCAUGGACGGCGUUGCUCGAGUGUUUGAACACUCCCUUAUCAAGCCGGACGGCAGUUUGACACCUGAGAGUGAUCUUCGCGCCUGCUAA